CGAAAUCCUUAUCAAAUGUGUGUAAGCCCCAAAAUUUUGAGAUUAUGGGCCUAUAGGAUUUCUGUCAGUGAGAGAUCUAUCAUUCAACCAAACCUCUUUCUUUUUCAGGGCCUGGAUCGAGAUCGGGAGGGGCUGGCAAAAAUGAAGAAGGUCGUCAAAGUCAUGCACUCGACUGGACAAGGCUUCGUAGGGUCAGAAGUAGACAUGAGCGAUGCCCUCCGUAAGCUGGGGGACACCGGGGGGCGGCCAGAGGACAAGGCGCUGAGUGAGGCUUUCCACAAAUUUGCUGUUGUCAUCCGGGAACACUCACAGCUCCUCCAACAGCUGAUAACAAACCAGAAGAAUAAUUUGCUGCAUCCACUGGACAGUGUGCUCAAGGGGGACCUCAAGGGGGUCAAGGGGGACCUCAAACAACCCUUUGAAAAGGCAGCAAAAGUGUAUGAUGCCAAAUUCUCAAAAAUUGAAAAAGAAAGGAAACAACAGGCAAAGGAAGCUGGGUUUCUCAAAGUUGAUAUAGACGCAGCAGAAAUUGCUGAAGAAAUGAGCAAAGAAAGGAAAGUGUUUCAGCUUCAGAUGUGUGAUUAUUUAAUAAAAGUGAAUGAGAUAAAAACAAAGAAGGGAGUUGAAUUUCUACAAAAACUUGUGGAGUACUACCAUGCAUACUGCAAAUACUUUGAGGAGGGCAUGAAGACUUGGGCUCACUUUGGGUCCUACGUCAGUGAACUCAGUGAGAAGCUUCGUGACGUGAGACACAGGCAAGAGGAGGAGCGGAGACACCUCCUCGCUACAAGAAAAAUUAUUAGUAACUCACUCUCAGCAGAGAUCAAACCAGAAGCAGGGGUUGCACCACCAGUGUAUCAUCUUCACAGAGCUCAGGGCAACAAAAUUCAUGGAACUACAAAAAGUGGCUACCUUUACAAGAAAUCAGAAGGUAAAAUGCGGAAAGUUUGGCAGAAGAGGAAGUGUGAAGUACGAGACAGUGUUCUCUGCAUCCGACACUCAGACGAGACCAAACCUCCCGUCACCGUGCCGUUGCUCACCUGCCAAGUGAAGCCAAUUGGGGACGACCGCAAGUGUUUUGAUUUAGUCUCAUAUAAUCGGACGUAUCAUCUCAUGGCAGAGGAUGAAGUAGAGGCUGAUGCAUGGAUAUCAGUUCUUCUCAACAGUAAAGAAGGUGCUCUACAGAAAGCUCUGUGUGACGACGCUCCUGGGCCCUCUCCAGCUGAUUCUGGCUUCAGAGAAUUACAACAAAGAAUCAUAUCUUAUGUCCGAGGGUUACCUGGAAACAAUCUUUGCUGUGACUGUGGAGGCACAAAUGAUGUGACUUGGCUGUCCACAAAUUAUGGUGUCAUGGUGUGCAUAGAAUGUUCAGGGAUUCACAGGGAUCUUGGUGUUCACAUUUCCAGGAUACAAAGUCUAACUCUUGACAAGGUUGGGACAGCCCAGCUACUGCUUGCCCGGCACAUGACCAACAAGUCCUUCAAUGAGGUGACAGAAGCUACAGCACCGAGGAAGCCGGAGCCAACUAGUUCAAUGGAUGAGAGGCGAGAAUUCAUUCAGUCCAAAUAUGUCCGCCGAGCAUUUGUCCAGCCUGCCACAGUCACGCCUGAAGAGCUGCAGGGACAACUGCGUGAAGUCAUUGUCAACAAUGAUCUCUAUGGUCUCCUGCGGGUCUACUUUCAGGGUGGAGACUUGUCACUGCCGCUUACAUCACUGAAGGAGUGUGCACUUCACGUGGCUAUUUAUCAAGAAAAUGGCACGUCUCUUCCUCUUGUAGAUUUUCUAGUUCAAAACAGCCACUCCCUGGACCGACAGACAGUGGAGGGCAACACACCACUCCACUACUGUGUCAUCUCUAACAAGCCGGAGUGCAUGAGACUGCUGUUGAGGGUGGGAGCAAACCCAAGUAUAGAGAACAACAAUGGUAAAACUCCACUCGAUAUUGCCAAUGAGCGUAACUGCAGGCUGUUGGAAGACAUGCUAAACCAAGCUCAACAGCAGAAGAAAUCUAUGUUUGAAAAUGUGGAAUAUGAAUGGAAUCUCUCUGAUGACAACUUUACUGACAUGUCCGACGAUGAAGAAAUUAUCAAGCCAAAUGGCAUGGCUACUCCUGAGAAGGUAGUACGGAACCGGCCCGUCAGCUUGCCUGGCUCGGGCUCCCCUGUGUGUCAGCAUGGCAGUGACCACCAUGCCUCCUCAGAGGAACACAGCCACGGGGAGUACCGGCCUCAAUGGCACAGCCGGCAGCCUCCUCCUCCACCAACCAUCAGCUCCAAGCCUACAUUGCCACGCUCAAUGGCAGAGAAGAGACCAGCACCUAAACCCCCAGCUGGUGUAUCCCACAACUCCUCUUUCUACCUCCCACAUUACUCCAGCCAUUCCCGCACACCUUCUGACCCCAUGUUGGGACCCCCAACCUACCACCCAGGCCUCACUCACAACAACAAUAAUGGUGGUGGGGGAGGUAGCCUUGGAGGGAUAGGCCACAAGAGGAGUCCAUCAACUGAUUCUAGUAAUAGUGUGUUCUUCCCUCAACCUUCCUCUUCUUCCAACAACACCACUACUUCCUCUGGGACAACACGCUUCUCUCUGUCACAUAACUUGCCCCCUGAAGCUACAUCAGGCAGUACAAGUGACGGCCGGCCACUGGACACAGACACAUCCCCAUCGUCAUCACCUCAAGAGUCUCCCAACACUUUCAUCAAUGGACGUUCCACUGAAUCUCUCUCCUCGCUUGUAUCAGAUGAUCCUCAGCCACCAGCUAGAAGGAGAGUGGGUUCACUACGCCAACGCAGGUGCCAAGCAUUGUAUGACUGUGAUGCUGACUUGGAUGAUGAGUUGAGCUUUACUGAAGGAGAAAUAAUCAUCGUGCUCAGAACAGAGACAGAAGAUGGCGACUGGAUGGAGGGAAUGAUUGAAGGUCACCCGGAGCGUAGAGGAAAAGUGCCAAUAAAUUUUGUUCAUAUGUUAUCAGACUAGCAGUAAGCUCAAGACAUUGUAUGAGCUGCAUGUGUUUGGCUUACCUAUAUAUCAGUAUUCAACAGUGUGAGUAUGACUGUAGUAUAUCUGUAAAUUUGUUCAGUGUUGCUAUUGAAAAAAUGAGUGCAUAUUUCUGAUUAGAUAUGUGCUGUUAUGAUGCAGUUGAAUGACCAUGAUAAGUGGGUUAUAAAUUAGGUGGGCAUAUAUUUGGUUAUCAUUUUUUUUCUUGUUUUUUUUUCGUUUCUAAUGCAAAUUGAAUAUGAUUACAGCAGAGCAUUAGAGUAGUUAGUGAAGGACUUUGUGAAAGCUCUUACAUUAACAGUGUUUACAGUAAGCAUAUCUCAUCAGAAGUAACGUGUACAUGUUCCUUUCAAAACGGCUAUAACCAGCCAGUGGUGGUGUAAAUAGUAGUUUGAAGAUGCAGAAGAUCAAGUUGUGUUGGAAUAAAAGCUCAAGUGUGAAGCCAUGUACUCAUAUUAAUAUUAUUUCUUAGAACACAUCAACAGACUGAUUUGGGUUUUAUAGUCACUGGAGCGUAUAUCUUGUUUCUUCAAUAAUGAGUGGAGUCUUGGCAUAGGCUGCUCCAAUUUCCUGGUUUGUGUUAGUAUGAUGGAAGCUUGAUGAUGGAUGAGAAAGAUAAGUGUCCGUAAAAUUCUUUCUCCCUGAUCAUGCAAUACAGA